CUUCAUUUUAGUGAGAGAAAAAUUAUUUUGUGUUCCAUUAAUAUCAUUUUGUGUAUAGAAAAUAUUUAUAAUAUUUUCUAAAUAUUAUUAGAAAUAUUUUCUAUAGAAAUAUACAAGAUUAUUAUUAUCCCAAAUUUUAAUCUUUAUAUUUUAUACUACUAUAAUCUUUACUAGCAUAAAGAUUGUGGUAGACUCCGGCGUUGUUCGUGUGUCAAAGUUGGAGACCGGACGCUUGAACGGUUACGUUUGCACUUUCAACGCUCUUCCUACGACUUCUUCGUUUUAACUGCUUACGGAGAAAGAAAGAAAUUUUUUUUAACUGCAUAUUUUUAUUUUUUAUUUAUGGGUCUGCAUUUUCUGCUUCGACUAUCUUAAAGAACCAUUCUUUUCUGGUAAAAAAAUUGAAAGAUUUUGUGCACAGGGAUCUUCAGAGGGAAGCAGAGAAAGAGCAGCUCGUCUUUAGCUAACCUUCAAGUAACUGUGGCCAAGAAAGAGAGCUAUAAAGUUGUUUUCUUUUUGCUUUAGCAAGAAAAGAGAGUUUUUUUUCCUUCUUCUUGUUUGUGGAAUCUUGGCUAGCCACCAAACCCAGAAAGAAGAAAUUAAAAUAAUGGAUGCUUAUGAAGCAACAAAAGUGGUUUUUCAGAGGAUCCAAGGUCUUGAACCAGAACACGCAUCUAAGAUCAUGGGGCUUCUUCUGAUACACGACCAUGGCGAAAAGGAGAUGAUUCGUCUGGCUUUUGGGACUGACUCAUUGCUUCAGUCUGUAAUUGUGAAGACGAAGAUGGAGCUUGGCCUUUCAACUCCCAACACCUCCCCUUCCACUCCUUCUUCUCCUUCUCCUUUCAGAAGCUCCGUUUCCGUCCCGUUUUCCAGGCAGAGUUCGUCUUCCUCGGCUUGCUCCGGCCGGAUUCCGUCGCCGUUGAGCAUAAAUACCCAGUCUUCUACUUCCUCUUCUUGGGCUACUUUGAGCCCUACUACUGCUAAUGGAGCUCCGCCUUUCUCCUCUGCUUCCCUGUCUUCUUCGUCCUCCAUGAACUCCGCCGCGCCUCCAUUCUACGCCGGCGCCGGCGGAGAGGUGGAUUUGAUCGACGAGUUUCAGCUGCAGGAUCAGCUUUCUUUCCUCAACGAUGGGUCGCCGAAGUUGGCCCGGACGAGAAGCUCGGACAUCUUCUACCCACAGCAAGAUUUGGGCUUGAACGGCGGAGACUCCGCCCAUUUCUACGGCGGAUGGGGCCCUCACCGGAGGAGCUGCUCGGUGAACGACGUUUGUUUGGGUUCCGACGAGCCGAACUGCGGGUUCGGGUGGAAGCCCUGCCUGUACUACGCCAGAGGGUUCUGCAAGAACGGCACCAGCUGCCGGUUUCUUCACGGCGAUGUGGGCCCGGACGGAGGAAUGGUGGGGUCUCCCAGCAAGUUGGAGAUGAUGGAGCAGUGUCACGAGCUUCUCAGAUCCAAGUCUUCCUCCCACCACCACCACCACAACCACCGUCUCGCUGCCGCAUCUCAGCUCAUGUCCUCCUCUGGCUUCCCUUACUCCCCUGUUUCACCCAACAAAUGCAUGGAUUUCCUCCUCCAGCAGCAAGUUGAGAGCCCAAGAGGCGCCGGAGCAUUGAUGAUGGGUGAUGAUGUUCAUAAGUUUAGCCGGGCCCGGUUCGAAAGAGGAGAUCUUGGGAUGAAUUUUGGAGCAAAUAAUUCAAGUUCAAGGCAGAUUUACUUGACAUUUCCAGCAGACAGUACUUUCAAGGAAGAAGAUGUGUCCAACUAUUUCAGCAAUUAUGGACCUGUUCAAGAUGUGAGGAUACCAUACCAGCAGAAGAGGAUGUUUGGGUUUGUGACAUUCAUUUAUGCAGAGACUGUUAAAAUCAUUCUUGCCAAGGGGAACCCACAUUUUGUCUGCGAUGCUCGGGUUCUCGUGAAGCCCUACAAAGAGAAAGGAAAAGUCCCCGAGAAAUUCAGGAAGCAACACCAACAAGAGCAAAUGGAGCGCGGGGAGUUCGGGCCUUUGGACGCCCGAGACCCAUAUGAUCUCCAGAUGAGGGCAAGGGCACUGUACCCCUCCUCCCAGGACAUGUUGUGGAGGAGAAAAUUGGAAGAACAAGCGGAUUUGCAGCAAGCCAUUGAAAUGCACAGCCGGAGACUCAUGAAUCUGCAGCUUCUUGAUGUGAAGAGGAACAGUCAUCACCGUGCAUUUUCCACCGGAUUCUCCCCAGCUCUGGAGAAUGGUUAUGCUGCUAAAAUGGUAAAUCAAGUCACUGCCGUGGGGACUGAAAAGGAAUUUGAGCCGAAUGAAAAUGUCGCCGAAAAUGAGAAAGAAACGACGAAAUAUGAUGAAAGCGGUGACUACAAAGACACCAAGGGUGAAACUGAUUUACCAGAAAGUGUGGAACAUUCGCUCCCGGAUAAUCCAUUUUCAUCUCCUAAAGCGGGGGCAAAUUCGUCGGCGUCUGCUUUCUUGAGCAGUAGUGACUUUGGGGAAGCCGAGAAACCGCCGUCUUCUUCGGGUAACAUGGUCAUCAAGAACACCAACAAUCUGAUCCCUUCUUCACCAUUGUUUCCACCAUCUGCUGCUUCACUUGACAUAACUCCAUUGAAGGCUUGUUACCUUGAAGUUGCCAGGUUUUCGUCAGGGGCCAUUGGAAUGUAACAAGAAAGACAAUCAAAUUAGGCUUCCUUAGAUUAGGAAGUAAAGAAGACCCACCCAUUCAAGUUUUAACCACAAUCACCACCACCACCGCAACCACCGCCGUCUCCGCCGUUUUGUGACCAAGUAACACCACCAGUCAGUCAACACACAUAUCACUACUAAUACAAAUUUGCAUACAUAAAUGAAGUAAAAACCAAACCAAACAAAAAAAAAGGUGGGACCCAACCAUUCUCUCUUGUUUUCCUGUCACUGUAAUCUCUCAGUCUCUUUCCCAUCUCUAUGUAGCUGAGGCUUUUGGUUGGACCACAGGUUGUAAAGGGAAAUAUUUACUAUAUAUAUUUUUAAUAGUUAUAGGUGAAAAUGAUGCAGUAAAAAAAAGAAUUCAGAGAAGGGGGGGGGAUGAAGAUAUAAAUAUAUAUAUAUAUAUAUAUAUAUAUAUAUAUAUAUAUUACUGUAUUAAUUAAAGUGUAAUGAGAGUCUUUCUUGCUUAUAUUGGCACUUGGACUGUAAUUUAUAUCCCCCACAUGGAAACCAGUGUAUAAUGAAGAAGAUUCAAAGGUAACAAAGUUAGAUUUGUGUACUUUAUUUUAGGGGAAUUACAUGUACAGAGAGGGAGAGAGGAGGGGGGGAGAAGAAGAAUGAUGAAAGAUUGAAAGGUGAUUUUUAAUGUAACUUUGUGUGCCUCAGAGGGCUUUAAUGUAACUUUAUUUACUUGCAUGUGGAAAGGUUAAAUGAAGGUCAUGACUAGUA